GCACAUUGCCAGCCGCGCCAGUCCAACGUGCUACAUCCAUCAUUAUUAUAUAUUCUCCACUCUCAAAAGACAUGCGACUGCACCUGGUCACGAGUCUAGUUCGCGAUCGUGUUGCUCAUCUGAUAUAUUCUUGUUCCCAAAUGUAAACCAGCUAACUACUAGUGCGAUAUUCACACGGUCUGCACCUGGCCAUGGCAUCCCACUCUUUCAAUGUCGAACCAAGGCCACCUGAUGAAAUCGUACAGCUGCUCCACUCUGAUUCACAGCACAUGUACAUUCGCGAACCGGCUUUGUAUAAUCUGUUAGCAUGCGAGGGCUCUAACGCCACAAGAAUUCUCAAGUCUCGAAUCUUGAUCAUCAGGAAUUCUGAGGUCGUUCCAAUCCACAUUUCCACUCAGGCUACCCUACGAAAGCGUGACUCAACCGUUGAAGGGCAUGAAGUGCAUGAUGGUUACAUAAGUGUGGCAUGUUUUGGAAUGAAUAUUGACGGUGUGCAUUGGCAGCCGUAUGUUUUCGGAAUAUCAUCGCCUUCAGCCAUUGCGCAUUCGAGCCAUCAUUUUCUCUCUCAAUACUCCCUUGAUAUAGGUGGUGAUGUAUCUUCAUCAUACAUCAAUCACGGAAUCUCAACCAGGAGAAAGUUUGGUGAAACCUGAUACCUCUUAUCACCUCACCAACUCCACGGACCACGAUACAAAUCAAACAUUCUGGGCUGACCAUUUCUGGUAUCCAGAUCAUACGAUGACCCGAUUUCUGAGGCGGAGAGCGAGACGAGAGCGUGCGCAUGAAGCGACAGAUGACCUAAGG